AUGAUAUGUAUCAAAAACGGAGGAUACUUGCAGUUCUAUCAAAACGGAACCUCUGAAUUAACCAAUCCUGCCAAGAAAAAACGCAAUGAUUUUGAUAAUCCACCACGGCCGCAAAACAGUUGGAUCAUUUUUCGAAAAGACUAUGAAGCUCACUUGCGUCUACGUAAUCCUGAUGUCAAGCAAAAAGUUAAACAUACCGCAAAGGAAUGCAGUUUAAAAUGGAAAUCGCAGCCAAGAGAAGUCAAGCAUUUUUUCAAAACAUUGGAGAAAAUAGCUUACGAGAAUCAUAAGCAUAUAUAUCCCAAUUAUAAGUAUAAGCCAAAAAAUGCAAAGGAUUUAAGAUACAAAAAAUUUAUUUUUCGGGAACAAAAAAAAUACCCGACAAGUGUCAGUUCACAUAGCACUGAGAACCGUUCUUCAGUCACUACUUUACAUCAAAUUAUUAACGAAGAUAAUCGCAACGAUAAUAAUUCACAUACUGAUUAUUUAUUUGAUGCAAACUAUAAUAUGAUCAAUGAUGAUAACCUUCUUCAACACUUAUCUUCGACGCAAAUGCAACUAUGGUCUCUACAGCAUCAUCGACUAAUGUACCUUUAUUAA